AUGCUGGUUGCUGAAAGGAAAGAGUUGGCCGCAUAUGGCGAUAAAAUCUUUGAUAUCUGGAUGAUAUCGAGAAAAGAAGGUUUAGCUCGUGGUGCAAUGUAUGGAUCGUUCCAAUUCACGGGCUAUAUCGCACUUUCGACUGUGUUGUUCUACGGAAGUAACCUUAUCAGUCAGGGAUUGCUGACCUACGGUGAUCUAUCAUCAUUCUGCCUUUAUGCUGUUCUUUGUGCUGCGAGUUUAUCAAACAUAUCCGGUUUUUUCAUCGAAAUUAUGAAGGGAUUGGGUGCUAGUUCAAGACUGUUUGAGCUACGUAACACGCAACCGCGUAUUCCUCUCGAAGGCGGCAUACAAAAGUCGAAUGUUGAGGAUGCAAUCAGGUUUGACCGAGUGGUAUUCGCGUAUCCUGGACGGGAUCCUCUCUUCCACAAUAUUUCGUUCACAGUUCCAGCUGGUCAAAUCACAGCGCUCGUGGGAUCAUCCGGUAGCGGCAAGUCAACCGUUGCAAAUCUUCUGUUGAGGUAA